AUGCGUUUUGUUCCACCCGCAUGGGGGAACCACAAAUCCAGCCAUAGGAUUUCCCACGAACAGAUGCGUCUUAUCCAAGAUGCCAUCGAGAGAGAUCACCGAGAAAAUAACAAGGACGCGGCUAUAGUCGUUGUCGUUGACGAAGAAGCAAGGGCCCGACAAGUGGAAAAGAAGUGGAAGAAACAUCGUUGGCAACUAUGGAAGAGGAGACCGUUUUUUCGCAUCACUACAAACAAAAGGCUACAAAAUGCCAUUACAAAGGUAUCUUGCAACGAGGAUGUAAAUCACCUUACAAUCAUUGCAUGUGAAGAAGUUGAUACGAUCUCACCACAAGUGCACGCACCUUACGUUCGGAGUAUGAAAACUCUCCAGUGCGGUCGUCAGGACCAUAUUCAGAAAGUUUUGGACAUCGGAGACGCCUUUAGCUUCAACAACAAGCAUCUUGAUAAUUGCGGCUUCCAACUUGGAUCCAAUGGAAGCUGGGAAUUUGACUGUACUUCGAACAUUACCUUCGGACGGGAGAAGUCUUCCGUUCCACUUGGGAACGAGGAGCAUGAAGCAGAUAGCCCAAGUGGGACACAAGAGACUAAGACAACUGGCGGGUGGUGGAAAAGCUGGAGAGGAUUCGUUGCUAGUGCUGUGGGCCUGGUGGUUGCGGCUGCCAAAGCGGUUUCCAGUGUCCUCAUUUCAGCCAAAGGGUACUGCCUCAGCCUUUCUUGGAAGAGCUUUUAUCUCUACCUUUAUCAAGGUAGUGCUACCGCUUCCUUGAGCACAUCAGCGGCUUGCGUCGCCAUGGGGUACGGUCUUGUUGCGUUUCUUGUUGUCUACUUUGUGCCUUGGGAUGAUCUGUUCAACUGGUUCGAUUGCACUGCACAAUCGUGGUACAACGGCGUCUUGUCUUGGUGGAACCGAGCUGUGGCAAGUGGGAGACGUGGCCGUGAGUACUCUCGUGUUAUUUAA